AAGUAUUUUUCUGCCGAUUGGCAAAACUAUUUAAAUGUGUAGUUAAACAAACUGAUCCAUGAAAAAAAAAUAGAGGAUCUAGAAUUCCUGUUCAGUAAAUGUAUAAUAUAAUUUGUUAACAAAUCAUCAGCAUGGAUAACACACAUCAAUAUUGUAUCACAAACUGUGUACAUAUAUGAGGAGCAGGAUCUAUUGAGACUUGAUUGCAUAAGAUCACGCUAGGUUACAGGGGGGCUAUUGUUACUUUCCUGAGUCCAUUGUGUAGCUAGCCCAGGCUAGAUUCAUCUUACUUAUACCGCCAUCUGUUUUAUAUCCAUCUCAGUCAUAAAAGGAAACCCUUCCAGCCUUUCUUUGUACAUAGUGUGUCCAAAAGAAGCUAUAGAGUUCAAAGUUUGUGGCUUGUAUGUGAACAUAUGGGACAGGAAAGGAUUUACUGGACGUCCACACAGCUGUGUACUAUACAGACCCGAGAUCUCUCAGUGAGGCUCUGAAGCUGCAUCCAGGCCAGUCUUAUAACUACUGUCCACAGAUGUAAAGGUGAUCUUUCUAAAGGGACACUGAAGGCGAGUCUGUACCCCAUGAAUUUUCAAGCUUGCCUUCCUACUGAGUGUUCAUGUUUAAUACUCCAGGCCGGCCUAUCAAUUGAGUGAUCACAAUUAACAGAGACUGCUGGGAAACAACAAACACCUUCCUGUGAGGCUGUGUAGUCAACACCUUACAUUGAGGCCUGCCUUCUUACUGUUCCCACUAACAGACGAUAAAUGGUGAUCUCCCUUUGACACUCUGCAGCAGAGUUCUCACAAAGCCUGCCUCACAACUUUGUUUUUUUUGUUUUACUCAGAGACAGCCAAUAAUACGGGUACCUCCCCAUGAGGUUGUGUGGCCGAGUCGUUGCCUGCUGUAUCUCUGUUCUCCUCGUUAUUAUCUGUGAAGUCCUAGUCUUCCACAGACAUGCAGGGCAAGAAUACGCGAGGACAAAGGAUGGGACUGUCUACACACAUAUCAGGGAACAGAAGAUGUCCGGGACAGCAAGCUCAGAGAACAGAGCCCCAUUGAUAUCCCGGCGGGAAAAGGAAACGGAGGAGCAUCAACAACAAAGAGGACAUUUAAGGUUUGAUCCAAAAACCUGCACAGUGCUGCCAUCUGCUGGUGUGUCCACCAAUGGCGUCAAGACACCUUUCAAAAUUUACAUCUACGACCUGCCCAAGAAAUUUAACCUGGAAAUCUUGAAGAUCUACGAUGUCUGGCAUGCCCGGUGUUACUCGUUCGAGUUCUGUGGAUUCGGCGCGAGGCUGUUCAAUCUCGAGUCUGGGGUUCAUGUUCACGACAGCCAUCAGUUCUCCCUGGAGGUUCUUGUUCACCAUCUGUUACAGCUGAGUCCGUACCGAACACUGGACCCUGAACAAGCGGACUUGUUCUACAUCCCCGCCUACAUCGGCCUUCAGUGUCUCUAUGCCUCCUUUGACAACGUUUCAGCUACAAACAAGCUGAUAAAUGAACUCUUUGUUUAUUUACAAUCUCAACCAUAUUUUGCCAGUGGUAAAACCCAUUUUUCAUCCUUAGCCAAAAUCGAAAGAGAGAUGCAAAGCAUGGGCUGUUGUCCCUACCUCCUACACCCACAAAGUGCCAACAUUACAUUCCUGUCCAUAGAGAGAGAAACCCGAUACCAGAGUGCCUUAAACCAGAGAGUCAUAACAGUUCCCUACCCCAGCUACAUCCAUCUGGACGGUAGUGUCACCUCUCGCUAUCAGUACCUCCAUUCAUCAUCGCGGAAUGUGUUCAUUCUUCUGGCGGCCGGUACCAGAAGAUCCAACCCCUACCGCAGCCUCAUCCUGGACCAGUUCAGGGAGAAGACCCAUCUCUCUUACCCAGAAUACACUGCAACUAACCAGCGGAGGUCGGAGUUCCCCAUGGUGAUGUAUAUCACUAAGGAGUGUGACCACAGUGCUAAAUAUAGCACGGUGCGGUGGAUGUUACAGUCGGUGUUCUGCCUACAGCCCCCCGGGGAUUCCCCCACCAGGAAAUCCUUCUAUGACGCGCUGCUGACAGGGUGUGUCCCUGUCUUGUUUCCGUACUCCGGUCAGGGACCAGUGUGGGCGUUCCAGGACCGGCUCAACUUCACUAAGUUCACGGUCACCAUUCCUUAUAAAUACAUGAUGUACUCUAAGAACAACAGUGUGUACCAGUAUCUGGCUGAACUCCCAGUCCAACAUGUGGAGAGUUUACAAAGAGAAGUUCAGAGAGUGGCUCACUGGUUCCAGUACAGUAUUCCUUGGGGUGGGGCUGAUAAUGCGGGUGGGGGUGAUCCUGUGGGUGAAGAUAGUCCUAGGGGUGGGAAUAUUGACGAGGGUGGGGGAAGCCCUUGGAUACACAGGAUGCCAUGACUAUGAUAUAUAGAGAGCUUGAAAACAUCAUAUUCCCUAGGUCAUCAAACUCUAUAAAUUAAGGUACAGUCUCCAGUUGACAGGAGAGAUAACUCUUACUAAAAUAUUAAUUUGAAAAAUUAUUUAGAAAGUAAUUCACAAUGUCCACAGAAAUUGUAUGCAUUCAUAUACAGUAAAACCCUUACUUUCUUCUUCAAAACCUCCCAAUUUUUAAAAUCUUAUACGAGAAAAAAUUAAUGUAAAAUGGCA